AUGCUGAUCACUGAGGGAUACCAUGACGUUCAAACGUCCUACAACACUACUCUUCGUCUGUACACUUUCCAUCCAAAGAUUCCUGGUUAUCCAAACGCCAAAUUCCCAGGUGUGGUUGUCUAUUCAGAGAUUUAUCAGGUUACAGGCCCGGUGGCCCGUUUUGCUAAACGAAUUGCAAGCGAAGGCUACAUCGUCGUUGCACCAAGUAUCUACCAUAACUUUGAAGGACCUGAGCCUUUGAACUAUGAUGUUGAAGGUACUGAUAAGGGUAACAAGUACAAGAUUGAAAAACCGUUGGAGAGUUAUGAUGAGGACAACAAAUUGGCAAUUGACUACCUCUUCACAUUGAACACUUUCAGUGGUAAGGUUGGUGCUACAGGUAUGUGCUUGGGUGGUCAUUUGGCCUUUAGAGCUGUGUAUGACUCGAGAGUCUCAAGUGCUGUUUGCUUCUUCCCAACUGAUAUCCACAACCACAGGCUGGGCAAAGGCGAGAAUGACGAUUCUCUUGCAAACUCCAUUAAACUAGCAAGAAAGGAUGCCGAGUUCGUCUUGAUUUUUGGUACAUUGGAUAACCACGUUCCACCAGAAGGCAGAGACCUCAUCAGAAAGACAUUGAGAGACAACAACGUGAACUUCACAUUCAUGGAGUUGAACGACGCUCAACAUGCUUUUGUCAGGGACGAGUCGAGUAAGGGAAGAUAUGACAGUGCCAUCACAUCUGCCUGUUUCGGGUUCCUCUUUGAGCUUUUCAACAGAAGAUUGAGAACUGACUUAGGUGAAAAUGACGGCAAGGAUAUUGUUGUUGAAAACGUCUGUUGA